AUGGCUGUCUUUGGUUCAAAGUACAAGUUGAGUAUCAUAUUCAAUGUAAUACUGAGUGCACCUGGAGAUGAGCACAACGUGAUGAAGCCAAAUGUUGUACUAAUUGAACUGUUUAGAAAGUUUCUGCUUUCAUCUGUUGGAUGUUUUUUACUUACAGUGUUGGUAGCCCUUUAUGAAGAGCCAGAGAAACCAAAUAGUGCACUGGACUUUCUGAAGCAUCAUAUAGGAGCUGCUGCUCCAGAAAAUCCAGAAAUAGAGGCCCUUCGUCUGGAAGUGGCAGAGAUGAAAGAAAAAUAUGAAGCAGUGCUGGAAGAAAACAAAAAACUAAAAUCUAAGCUAUCUCAGUAUGAACCACCUCCAGAGGAGAAGCGGGGUGAAUAGGAAUGUUUUCAUCUUCUGGUUACUUAACUGAAUAAAGGGCUUCAUUGGAAGUUCA